GAGAGACGUGACAACAUUGAUUAGCAGACUUCUAUCAAAGUGACUAGUCCAGAGGGUGCAUGCCAGCACAGCUCUCAACAGAGACAAACAAGCACAUCGAAAACAUGCAGAAAGGAAAGCAAAAGCAGGACGGAAGGAGAGCAACUCAGAGAUAAAGUGUUGGACACUCUGUGUUGGUGAGUUCUGUGUUGUCCAGCCACAGCUGACUGUUACAUGGUUCCAUUUGAAAAGCAUUCAGAGGCCACACAAGAAGACACCAAAAAAAUGUCCCUUUGAGGUAGCUACACUGCGCAUGCGCGCUGCAUCUCCCCACUCGUUCUCCUCUUGUCGCCUUGGUAACGGCAAAGGGGGGCUCACGGCCAGAGGGAAGGAGAGGAGAGGUACCCAGACUAAUCACAUGACCGCUCCUCAUCUUGUUAUCUCUGUGUUGGGAUAUACGUCGUUUGUUCUCGGACCCAGAGCGACAGUAGAUCAGACCGACUCGUCCUCGAGCUGAUUUGCAGACAUGUCAGACAUAGUUCCUCCAGAAGUAAGACCCAAACCGGCCGUCCCUGCCAAGCCCCCAAAUGUGGGGGCUCCUUCCCCCUCCAGCCCCUUCCCGCCCCAGGGCCCGGGCACCGGAGGAGGCGUUUCAGCUCCUCCAAGUGGCAUCCCAGUCCCAAUCGGGAGUCACGGGCCAGUGCACAUCAGCAGUCAUAGUGUGGGUCAUGGCGUGGGCCACGGCGCUGGCCAUGGUGGGAAUCACACUGCAGCACACAAUGGAGGUCAUGGUCAUGGUCAUGGUCACGGCCACGGCGGCUCCCACGGCUCCGGCGGUGGAUCGACUUUGCUGGGCUACAUUGGCAUUGACACCAUCAUUGAGCAGAUGAGGAAGAAGACCAUGAAGACAGGCUUUGACUUUAAUAUCAUGGUUGUCGGUCACAGCGGUCUCGGAAAGUCAACUCUGGUGAACACCCUAUUCAAGUCCCAGGUGAGCAGGAGGAGUGCAGGGUGGGCCCGUGAUGAGAAGAUCCCCAAAACUAUAGAGAUCAAAGCAGUGUCUCACGUACUUGAGGAGGGUGGUGUGAAGAUGAAGCUGACAGUUGUCGACACUCCAGGCUUUGGAGACCAAAUCAAUAACGACAACUGCUGGGAGCCCAUUUCCAAGUACAUCAAUGAGCAGUAUGAGAAGUUCCUGAAGGAGGAGGUCAACAUAACCAGAAAGAAGCGUAUCCCUGACACCAGGGUGCACUGCUGCCUCUACUUCAUCUCCCCAACAGGACACUCUCUCCGGCAGCUGGACGUCGAGUUCAUGAAGCGCUUGAGUCACUCGGUCAACAUCAUUCCUGUCAUUGCAAAGGCAGACACAAUGACCAUUGAGGAGAGACAGGAGUUCAAACAGCGGGUAAGGAAGGAGCUGGAGAUGGGCGGGAUCGAGUUUUACCCACAGAAGGAGUUUGAUGAGGACAUGGAGGACAAGAGCGACAAUGACAAGAUCAGAGAGGCGAUGCCCUUUGCUGUGGUGGGCAGCGACAAAGAAUAUCAAGUGAAUGGCAAACGAGUUCUGGGGAGGAAGACGGCGUGGGGAAUUGUAGAAGUUGAAAAUCCCAACCAUUGUGAGUUUGCUCAGCUGAGAGAUUUCCUGAUCAGGUCUCACCUCCAGGAUUUGAAGGAGGUCACUCAUAACAUUCACUAUGAAACCUAUCGUGCCAAGAGACUGAACGAGAAUGGAGGUCUGCACCCCAUAUCCUCCAAUGACACCCAGGAAAGCAACCUGUAGUCAGUCAGUCAGGGGAAUAGUUCUGACAGAGUGAGAGUAAUAAGCAGUGCAAUGAAGCUGAUGCAGAUGAAUCUAAAAAUCAUUGUCACCACAGCAUCGCUGCAUGCUUGGAAAACAUUUAACUCUGUAAAAAUCUGUGUCAUUUUCUCUGAUUUCGAAUUCCACCCAUCGUCCACUACACUUCAUUCCCCACGCCACCCCCACAAACACAUAUCAAACCCUCAUAGUUUCAUUUGAAAGUCAGGACAGUCCCACUGAGACUUAGUGCCAUCAUAAAAUUAAUGUUUUAUCUACUGCCAAUGCCUGGUCAUUUAUCAUUUUCCGGGAAGUACAAGCUAGAAAGUGCCAUGUUAUUAUAUGUAUAUGAGGCAAAUUUUUAAGUUUUAGUGUUUUGUAGCAACUGAUGUCUAAAUUCAAAUUAUAUGAUUUGCUCUAAAUAUUAAAAUCGUAAUUCCUGUCUAGUAGUGAUCCACUAGCCAGCUCUGCAGUUGACUUUGAACAAAUUCCUUUUUUUAAAUUCUCAGCAGCAACUUUUCAUUUGGAGAAAGAAUCCCUGUGGCUUAACUGUCAGGUGGGUUUAACAAACAUUACAAGCUGUGCUGUCUUCUUUACACCCACCCUCAUGAAGAAAACAAAUGAAAUUUCUCUAAUGUUCCCUCGCCCUGUUGAUGUUCGAGUUUCCAUUUAAAGAUAGUUUGUGAGGACAGACCUGCAUACUAAGAUGAGAGAAAGCUGCAACAUCAGUCAAAUAUGCAGUGCCAUUCUGUGGGCGGCAGUGUGUGUGUAAUUAGCCCACAAAGUGCAUGACUGUGCAUACUGGAGAUUCAGUGAUUCCAUGAUUCAUCGUAAUAGCACGCAGAAACUGAAUACUUGUGAAAGAAAUGUGGUCCAGUGCAUUUGUGUUUGUGCUCAUUUGCGCUGGCUGACUGUGCUCUUGCAAAAACACUGGAGGAUAAUUAUAAAACAGAUCAGUGGUUUUAUUAAAUAUUACAUUUUUUCCUGGAUUCAGAUUGACUUGGUGGUGUAUUUUGACAGUUAAAGGGACAUCAUGCACACAAUUUUAAUCUGAAAGCCUGAAGCAGAAAUUAAUGAGUAGCAUGGCCAGCAAUGCCAUUUAAAAAAUCAUAUACAAGCUUACUUGCUUAACAAGGUUUUUUUUUUUGUUUGUUUGUUUGGCUUGCUUGAUUUAAUGCAUUUGUCUACUCCCCGUACCCACAGCCUUUUUAUUAAAACUAUAUUUUCUCACCCUAAAGAAUACAACCACACAGUGUACCUGACAAUAGGUGAACAGAAAACUGAAAAACUUUACUUUUUCUGUUUUGCCCUGUGCCAUGCACAGUUUUUGUCACCACACUCUGACGUGGUUGCCAGUAUUUGCAUCAAUGCCAUUAAAACUAUAUUCAUUCUGUUCACCACUUGGUGGCAGCACCCUACCAUGUAUAAGUAGUGACUGAAUAGAACAAGAAACAGGCACUUGAACCAGCUUUGUGUCCUCCUCAGACAUUCCGACUGCUGAGAUCUUUAGGUAAGUUUUUACAUAGUCCAGGCUUAUUUCCUGAUGACGUUUACAGAGUUUGAGUCUUUCACUGCUGUCAAUAAUAACCAAUCUAUCUCUCCAGAUCAGAUUUACCCGAAGGUUUAAUAAUAUUACUCUAAUGGUAUGCACUCAAAGUAUUGGUUUAAUUAUUCCAAAUCAGUUUAUUUAUUAAGUUGUGAAAAUGUUUACCAAGUUUCAUUCUGUUUUCUGCCAUGUACUGUCUACAGCGGGAUAAAUAUGCCAAAAUUACAAGUUAUUUCAAUAUCGAUCAAUCUCUUGUUUUGAAUCAUAAUUUUCUACAACCAUGAACGUUUGUGCAAUUUUGAUAUGAAAUAUGAUGUCUGCAACAAGCUGAUUAGAGUUGUCUGAUGAUAGUUUUGGUGCAGUCAAAGGUUUCAAGCAGAUAUUUGUAACCGUGUUAAUGUGUGCAUGCUUGUGUCCAAAUUGCCUUGUUUGCUUCACACAUCACUGCAACUUUACAUCAACUUAUCAGCUAUUUCUGAAUGUGUGAUGUGUACAUUAAAUUGCUAUAUCAUGAGGUAAAGCACUGCACUAAAUUGACAGCCCACAAUCCACGUCACUCAUCCCUGUCAAUCAGUAGAACUUCACAGUGUACAUAUAUUUAAUAACCACUUUUCCGUUGCUGUGGCACAUUGAGAUAUAAUGUUUAGUGUUAUAUUGAGUUAUUUAUACAUUAAUGUCUUAUUAUUGUAAUUUAUUCUUUAAUAAAAGCACAUUCCCAUG